AUGGAGACCCAGCGUGUCCUCUCGUCCUACCGAAAGCGUUUCGGGACUCAGAGCAGCCCCUCAGCCCCGCUCAUCACCAGGAGCUUCGGGCGUCUGUCUGUCCACAGCAGCCCACGGCACACCGCCCUGUCCAGUCCUAGCAUAUCCCGUCUGUCCCUGGGAACUGAGAGGCUAGACUUCUCAGCUGACUCGCUGCUGAAGGCUCAGUACCGUGAUACGCGCACCAAUGAAAAGGUGGAGAUGAUGGGUCUGAAUGACCGCUUUGCCAACUACAUCGAGAAAGUACGUUUCCUAGAACAGCAGAACAAGGUGCUGGUGGCCGAGCUGAAUCAACUGCGCGGGAAGGAGCCAAGUCGCCUUGGGGACAUUUACCAGGAGGAACUGAGGGAGCUGCGCAGGCAGGUGGAUGGCCUGAACAAUGCCAAGGCACGUCUGGAGAUUGAGAGGGACAACCUGGCAGCCGAUGUGGGCACACUGAAGCAGAGACUUCAGGACGAGACUGUGCUGAGACAAGAUGCAGAAAACAACCUGAAUGCAUUUCGACAGGAUGUGGACGAGGCAGCUCUGAAUAGGGUGCAGCUGGAGCGGAAGAUUGAAGCGCUGCAGGAUGAGAUCAAUUUCCUGAAGAAAGUCCAUGAGGAGGAGAUGCGGGAGCUGCAGGAGCAGUUGAAUGCUCAGCAGGUGCAUGUGGACCUGGAUGUCUCUAAGCCGGACCUGACUGCAGCACUGAGGGACAUCCGAGUCCAGUACGAGGCCAUGGCAACCUCCAACAUGCAGGAGACUGAGGAGUGGUACCGCUCCAAGUUUGCAGAUCUGACUGAUGCGGCCAAUCGGAAUGCAGAGGCUCUGCGGCAGGCGAAACAGGAAGCCAAUGAUUACCGCAGACAGAUUCAGGCCCUGACGUGUGACCUGGAGUCUAUGCGUGGAAGCAACGACUCUCUGGAGCGGCAGCUGCGUGAGAUGGAGGAGCGUUUCUCCACGGACUCGGCGGCGUAUCAGGACACGGUGGCCCGUCUGGAGGAAGAGAUCCAGGCUCUGAAGGAGGAGAUGGCCCGACACCUGCAGGAGUACCAGGACCUCCUCAACGUCAAACUGGCACUGGACAUCGAGAUCGCCACCUACAGGAAGCUGCUGGAGGGCGAGGAGAGUCGGAUCACUGUUCCUGUGCAGAGUUUCACCAACAUGCAGUUCAGAGAAACCAGCAUUGACCCUAAAUCACCUCCCGAGAGUCUCACUAAGAGAAGCAUCAUCGUCCGAACUGUGGAGACACGCGAUGGAGAGAUCAUCAAGGAGUCGACCACGGAGAGGAAAGACCUGCCGUAAUCACACAGCCAUGUGGAAUACGGAGUGACGAGACUUCUCCAUGCCAUCGCUUCGUCACUACACACUGAGAUUACACUGCUGGAGCACAUUUACUUAGUCAGGAUCAUCACAAAUCCAGUAAAGAACAUCACUGUGACAAUAAAACGAUUAACGCGUUUAACAGUGACAUACUGUUCCAUGCAGCCUUCAAGCCUUUUACUGUUUUCACUAACA